AUGGGCUCAGCGAACGACAUCUACACCGAAGUGAACUACAUAAAAAGUGCUCCAGAAGGCCCAAGGCGAAACAACAGGACAGCUCGAGAAUCCGGUUACGCUGACGUCAAUCCAUCAGCGAAUCUACAGUGUGAAGGAUGUUGCUUGCCAGGGCCUCCUGGUCCACCUGGAGCGCCAGGUAGACCGGGAAAACCCGGUAAACCUGGUGUUCCUGGAAAUCCUGGAAUGCCAGGAAAGCCACCAACGGUACCUUGUGAGCCGACGACACCUCCUCCAUGCAAACCAUGCCCACAAGGUAAAUUGUGA